AUGACUUCGAACCAAGAAUUGAAUUUGUGUGACAAACUACAGUCACUUGAACGUGCGAUUAAUGAAGAUAAGGUCACAAACAUUACCAACACUUUAGAAAUACCUUCUUAUUCUUUUCCAAUUAUAAAUACCAACAAUAUUUCAGCAAUUACACACAGUAUUACUUUAAACACUCCUCCAAAAUUUCCUGUUGUCUCAAUGGUUCCUCCAAAAACUCAAAAAGUUCAACAACUCAUUUCUGACAAGUUCUUUAAUAAAGUCAUUGGAACACUUCCAAAACAAAGCGAUGCCACAAGUCUUAACAAUGCACUCGCAGAGGUGAAGCGUUAUGAAGGUGUCGUUGAAGAACAAAAGAAGAAGAUUGAAUCCCUUGAAAUUACCAUUUGUUAUUUGAAUGACGAAACUGAAGACGUCAGAGCAAUUUUUUUGAAACAAGGAGAACUUGAAACGGCAAAUAAAGUGCUAAAGGAAAGGAACGAUUUUCUAUUUCAAAGAUGUGAAAUUUUGAGUGAAGAAGUUGAUGCUCUUGAGAUUAUUAAAGAACAGAAUAAAAUAAUAGAAUCUAAGUACAAUACAUUGAAAAGUGAUUAUGACAAUUUGAUGAGGCAAAAAGAACAAGUAGUAGAAGAUGAGCGUCGAGCUACUUUAGAUAAUAUAUUGGAACGAGAAAAGAGUUUUCAAAGUCAACAGCAGCUCGCACAAUUUCAUUCUGAAAUGGAUAAAGAAAUAGCCAGGAGAGUUUCUUUUAUUUUGGAAGACAAAACAAAAGUGUACAAACGUCACGAAGCCGAAAUGAAAAGCGAAAUUGAGUUGCUUAAACUUGAAUGGGAACGGUCAAAAAUGGAAACCAAAAUGAUGAAAGAAAAAUAUGAUAAUAAGGUGAGGGAUUUCAAUACAUUGUAUAAGAGUCUGCAAAAGGAAAUUUGUCAAACAACUGAUUUGGAACUGCAAGUGAAAGAAAGAGAAAAACAAAUAAAUGAACUCAGCCAAACUCUUGAAACAACAAAACAAUUUUUACUCCCCAUUUCAAAUACAAAGGAUAAAAACUUCAGUAUGUUACAAGAGAGGUGUUACAUAUUAGAAAAACUACAAGCCCAAGUCCAAGAACAAAAAAGUGAAUUAAAUUUAAUUAUUUACAGACGCGAAAAGGUCAUUGAUCAAUUGUAUGAAUACAUAAGAGCUUUAAUAAAGGAAUACGACAUUUACUUUGACAUUACACUUCAAAUCGUUAUUUAUUUUCUUCAAAUUGCAGGGAUUGAUAUCAAUGUUACAUUUAAUAGCGAUGAGAUUGCGAAUCAAGCUUUUGAAAAAAUUAAACAAUCUACAGAUACGAUUAAUCCAAGGAAAGAUGCCGACAUUCCACAAACUACUCGGAUCAAUUUUUGCGAUGAAUUAGGACCAAUAAUUGGAACGGAAUGUGCUGAGUUAAUUGAUCGGCUGUUCAAAGAUAACGUGUUGGAAGUUACAAAAUUUACAUUACCGAACGGUGAUGUAAAUGUUAAACACAAUGACGGUGAAAUAUCCACACAACAAGGAACAACACCAUCUGGACAAUCCACAUUGGAAGAGAAAAAGAUCAACCAAAAUGCAAACGAAUUGAUAAGACCGAUCAAAACCGUUCAACCGAUACAAAGACAACCAGAGGUCGAAGUCCCAGUUGCAAAGAAAAUGAUUUUGCGUGAAAAUGCAGAAACUACAGACCCCAAAACACUCGAAAUGAUGAAAAAAAGAAAAGGGGGUAUGAUAUGGUAA